GGGGCUGUUCUGUCGGCCAAGGCUCAGCUGGAUCAGCAGCUACAGGAGGCCAAGCACCAUUCCCGGCACGUCAUCACCGCCCUACACAAGGCCCAGGACAAGAUUGACCUCCUGGAGAGGGACAACCAGGUGUUUCCGUCAGAGACUGGUCCAGCAGACUUCAGUCAGUAAACCCGGGUCUCCACCUCAGAUAAGGGUGGACACUCCCAGUGCUGAUGGUGACCACACCAGGGAAGAGUAGCAACUCUCUCACAAUCUCUCGUGAUUCAAUCUGGACUCAGAACACUGCGUGCCAUUUUAAUGUAUAUCGCAAUUAGGGUGUGUGAAAGUAAAACAAUGAAAGUGUCCACAACAGUAUCAAAACUUAACAAGAACUAUAUACAAAGAUGGAGGAAAUGGGGAAGGUAUAUAUACAAGUCCUUUGACGAAUUUUGUAUGCUAGAGAAGUGUGCGUACUAUUACACGUGAAUGUUGGGGAGGGAAAGGGGAGAGUGAUUUUGUAUGCUAGCGGUGUGCGUAUCGAUAUUACAGCUAAAAGGGGCAGAGGAAGGGAAGGGGUACAUUAACCUACAGAGUGACCUAAAGGGAUGCCAGAGGCGGUAUGCUACUGAAUGAUCUUCUUGAAAACGUUGCCGAGAAAACCAAGUCCGUAUGAGUCGUCAGUCUUCCCAGUCUCGGGGUCCAGGAAGAGUGGUGGUAGGUUGAGGUGCUGGCAAAUAGACACCAGUGUUGACAGAGUUGCUGUCAGGAGACUCUCUGGUGCGGCUGAUGGCGGCACCUCCUGCAACAGAUUCAGACACAAAAGAUCAUAAAGUGUACUGCAUACGAUUUGCACCAACCAACAGG